AUGGCAAAUCAAGGUGCAAAGAAGCGUAAGGAAGAGAACGCCCGGCACAUGGCGAAUCUCCGUCGCCUGAUUGUGGCCUGUAAUGUUAUUUAUGUGUUGCUAAGGAUGCUCAUUUUCCAUUCUACUUUCACCUGGAAAAAUUGGGUUGCUUUGCUUCUGACAUCCCUGGCUUAUUACAUCCCCUAUAAACAACUUGCCCAGAUGGCAACUCCUUCUUAUGGUGAUGAUGGGGAACUUCUAGAUGGUGGCUUUGAUAUGACCACUGGUGGAGUGUGUGGGUAUAUGCAUGAUGUAAUUUACAUCACAAGCUUCGUGCAAGUCAUGUCCAUAAUCUCUGGAAAAUUUUGGUACACCUAUCUGCUGAUCCCAGGUUUUGGAGUAUACAAAUCAUGGGGUUUCAUUAAAGGAUUUAUGUCGCAAGGCUCAGAGGGAGGUGUCGAGGAUGAAAAGACUCGGAAGAAGAGGGAAAAAAUGGAGAAGAAGGCUUCAAGAGGCCAGUUUGUCAAGACAAGAACUAGAUAA